UGCCACCCUUGGAACGACAAUUAUUUGGCGCUCUUUCUUUUCUUUUCUUUUAUUUUUUUUUCGGUGGGCUGAUUUUAUCCCUAAGAUUUGAAUAUUUCUACCUCUACGUUAUGUGUGAUUGGUAGGCAUUGAUUGCAUUGUCUAAGUUACUUUAGGGUAGUUAGUCUAUCCUGCAUGUAUUUAUUGGCCGAAAGUAGCCGUAGGUAGAGCAUACUUAGCCCCUCCAGAGUGCUAAAACCAGAUGUGGGGGAGAUGUAUGAUUGUGUCAACCAGAGGCACUGCCAGACAAUCUGCUUGUCAUCCAUUCCAUCGUUCCGUCCGGCCAGUGUCAUUCUUCCGCCCCUCCCCCUCCUUGAGUUUCUCCUCGCGCUCUUCUCAUUUCCCCUCCUGCUUGCGGCCUCACCUCAUCAAGCUUGGUAUCCCCUCAACUUUUGUAAGGAGCUGUUCCACUGAAAUCCGCGCAAUGGCUGCAAAGGAUAGAGAAGUUCUUCCCGAUGCGGUUAAACCGGUUCACUAUGAUGUUUCCUUGUUUGACUUGCAGUUUGGUGGCCCUUGGACCUAUAAGGGUAUCUUGAAGAUAGACUUGAAAAUCACCCGCUCUACCAAGGAAAUUGUUUUGAAUUCCAAGGAGAUCGAGGUUCACCAAGCGGAAAUUUUUGGAAAGGAUGGAUCGAAAUUGGCCCUGGCAUCUGAGAUAACCUAUGAUAAGAUGUCAGAGCGAGUGACUUUCAAACUCCCCCAGGAAAUCGCACCGUCGAACGUAUUGCUUUCCCUGGAUUUCACGGGUGUAAUGAACAAUGCCAUGGCAGGCUUUUACCGUUCCAAGUACAAUCCUGUGGCAGAGCCCAGUCCUGACACCCCAAGAGAGGGUGAUUUCCAUUAUAUGCUGAGCACUCAAUUUGAAUCCUGUGACGCACGCAGGGCUUUUCCGUGCUUUGAUGAACCGAACCUGAAAGCUACUUUCAAUUUCGAGAUCGAGGUGCCGAAAGGCCAGACAGCUCUCAGCAACAUGUCUGUCAAGUCUGAGAGAGAGGGCAGUAACCCUGACUUGAAAGUAGUUUCGUUCGAGACAACCCCAGUGAUGAGUACUUAUCUUCUCGCGUGGGCUGUGGGUGACUUUGAGUACGUGGAAGCAAUGACCCAACGCAAGUACAAUGGGAAAAGCAUACCUGUGCGUGUCUACACAACAAGGGGUCUUAGGGAGCAAGCUCGUUUCGCUCUAGAGUGCGCUCACCGUACUAUUGACUAUUUCUCGGAAGUGUUCGAGAUUGAGUAUCCCCUACCCAAAGCUGAUCUUCUUGCUGUCCAUGAAUUCGCUAUGGGAGCUAUGGAGAAUUGGGGUCUUGUAACAUAUCGUACGACAGCCGUCUUGUUCGACGAAGGAAAGUCGGAUACUCGCUACAAAAACCGCAUUGCGUAUGUUGUCGCUCACGAAUUGGCCCAUCAAUGGUUUGGCAACCUUGUAACCAUGGACUGGUGGAAUGAACUGUGGUUGAACGAAGGGUUCGCGACUUGGGUUGGCUGGCUCGCGGUCGACCACUUCUAUCCCGAAUGGAACAUAUGGUCCCAGUUUGCUGCUGAAGGUGUCCAACAAGCAUUCCAACUCGACUCAUUGCGCGCAUCUCACCCAAUAGAAGUGCCUGUAAAGGAUGCACUUGAGGUUGACCAGAUUUUCGACCAUAUCAGCUAUCUCAAGGGAAGUUCCGUGAUUCGCAUGCUGAGCGAUCAUCUUGGGCGAGAUACUUUCCUCCGUGGAGUGGCCAACUACCUCAAAUCACACGCUUACGGCAAUGCUACCACCAAUGACCUUUGGUCUGCGCUCAGUAAAGCAUCUAGUCAAGAUGUUAACAGUUUUAUGGAUCCAUGGAUCCGCAAGAUCGGUUUCCCUGUUAUAACGGUGACAGAAGAGCCUAGCCAGAUAAGCAUUCGCCAGAGCCGGUUCCUCUCUACAGGUGAUGCGAAGCCUGAGGAGGAUGAAACAACUUGGUGGAUUCCAUUGGGGAUCAAGUCAGGCUCAAAAAUGGAGAACGUGAAUUCUCGUGCUCUUAUUGCCAAGACUGAUACUGUUCAAGGCGUGAGCAAGGAUUCAUUUUACAAGAUUAACAAGGAGCUUUCGGGGUUCUACAGGACCAAUUACCCAGCUGAUCGGUUGGCAAAGCUUGGUAAAUCCUUGGACUUACUGAGCACUGAAGACAAGAUUGGAUUGAUCGGCGAUGCCGCCGCUCUUGCUAUGUCUGGCGAAGGAAGUACCGCUGCUUUGUUGGCCCUUCUUGAAGGCUUCAAGGAGGAGCAGAGUUAUUUGGUUUGGUCUCAAAUUUCAUCUUCGCUUGCAAAUCUUCGCUCGGUAUUUUCUCAAAACGAAUCGGUGGCCGCCGGGCUGAAGGAAUUUACUCUUAAAUUGGCUUCUUCUGCUACAUAUAGAAUUGGGUGGGAGUUUAAACCAGAUGAGGAAUAUCUGACUGUUCAGCUACGGAAGCUUCUAAUCGGGAUGGUCGGUUUUGCAGGCGAUGAGAAGGUGGUCGCGGAAGCUAAACGACGCUUCGAGCUUUGGACCACAGGCCAAGAUAAGAGUGCAGUACACACUAAUCUGCGUUCAGUUAUAUUCGGUAUCAACGUCUCGGAAGGUGGUAGCGCUGAGUUCCAUUCUGUGAAAGAGGAAUAUCUCAAGUCAGACUCUGUCGAUGGCAAAGAAAUCUGUCUAGCAGCACUUGGACGCACCAAAGAUGCAGGUUUAGUCAAAGACUACCUAGAUUUUGUGUUUUCGGACAAAGUGGCAAUCCAAGACGUACACAAUGGCGCAGUCUCCUUGGCCGCGAACUCGAAAGUCCGGCAUCUACUUUGGGAUUAUAUAAAGAACAACUGGAACACAGUCGAGGUUCGCCUGUCAGCGAACAAUGUAGUCUUUGAGCGCUUUGUGCGAAUGGGCCUUUCCAAGUUCGCAGACCAAAGCAUUGGGGAGGACAUUGCCUCAUUCUUCCAGAACAAGGAAACCAGUGCGUAUGAUCGUGCGCUGGUGAUUGUCUCGGAUAGCAUUCGAACGAAUGUACGCUAUAAGGAGAGGGAUGAGAAAUUGGUUCUGGACUGGCUCCAGGCUCAUGGCUAUGCCUGAUUGCAGAGGGAAGAUUAAGCGGUCUUCUGUCACGUGAGAAAAAGGAGUGGUGGGUGUUAAGGGUGAUGUUGGUUAGCAUUAUCAAAUAUUCGUUUCGCCCCUUAGUAGUACACUUGGAGUUGUAAAAAUAGAUUUACAUUUCGGUGGUCUGUCCAUGAGAUAACUUUACCGAUCACUUGAGGAAGAUCACAACAGCCACGUUAUAUCAACGCGCUAGUACAGAAAGGGCAUGUGGCAUCAUCAGCUGAGCUUGGGAGGUCUGAAGUUCUAGAUAGGUAGUAGGUGGAAAGCGGUCCCCUCAUGUAUGUACUAAGUCCCUAGAACUAGGCAAAAGGGUGAAGCGAGGAAGGAAAGUAAGGGGUGUUAUAUUAGAAGAAGUCAUUACUCGCCUUUAAC